AUGCACGGGAUGUAUGCUGCUCCUCCCACUCCGCGUAUCUCCAACAUCCAGGACUGGACUCGAUCUCGCUCCGCGGGCGUAGCCGAGUGUAUGCGUGCAGAUAACGACGGCGCGUUCCCUGUCCUCGUCGAGUCUGAGGAAGGAGAGCCAGAGCGAAAGAGCCCCGAACCGUCUUUGUCGUCCUCGGCCACACUCACAGGCUCCUCCGAUGACGAACCACCCUCGGAAGCCGAACAAAUCAAACAAGCGUGGCGCGCUAAGCAGCAGAUCCGCAAAGCAAGGAAUCGGCAUUCGCAGGUAUAUGAGAAGGAAAACGGGGAUGCUAUGCAUAGUCCCGAGCUCGAGCUACCGGUCUUCUACGACCUGCAGAUGCCUAUGCCCGGCAGCCCGACGCCAGUGGCAUUCGCCGAACCAGGGACCCCACGAAGUUUGACAAGGCCGGUGCCGGUGCCACCCAGGAGGAGGCCUCCGCCGACGUGGGACGGCGCCGUCCCUGCUUCACUGGAGACAUCUCGCAAGAGCCCGACACUUUCGACGAUACACGAACCUCCGACUGCGACGCGCUCCUCGACAAUGCCGAUGCCGGUGCCACCGAGGAGGAAGCCACCACCGACGUGGGACGGUGGCGCCUCGGUCCCCACCGAACAGAUUCGCAGGAGCCCAAUCCUCCAGACGUCCGCAGAGCCCUUGACCCCUCACCGCUCCGUCACAACACCGAUGUCGAUGUCGAUGCCGUUGCCCCCGAUGGACUUAUCGCGCCCACCGCCCAAGAUGUGGCGAUCAACGACCAUCGACGAGAUCCGCGCCCCGACCGGGUUCUGCCACGUCGCCAGCGGCGUCGAUGCACUCCUCGCGAUGGAGCAGCAGCGCCAAGACGAGACUGCCCGGGUGCGAGCCUGCCAAUCGGUGCCGCCUCCCUCCCCGCCGCCUACGACGGGCGAGCGAUCGAGCCGAUCGAUCUUCCGCUGCUUUACGCCAUCCCGCCCGCCGUCCAAGACGCGCUCGCGCUCGCGCGGCCGCCCGGUUAUCAGCGGCCCAUCCAACGUCCAACAUGGCGUGUUCCUUGGUCCAGGGAGCAUCGAGAUGCCCCGCCCCGUCAAAGCGCCGCCAUCGCCCAUGCUAGCGAUCAGCAAGGAGGUGGAUUCGAAGUCUCCUCCCUCCCCGUCCCUCUCGGGCCCGCGCCCGCUUCCGACUCCGCCUCGGGACCUGGACCGCACGCGCGUUGAGGGCAUGCUCGCCGCGCUCGGGCCGUGCCAUAGUCCGCGAAACAGCCCCUGCCCCAGUCCUCAAGUGCUUAGCGCCGCCUUGGCCGAGAAACAGGAGCUCCCUGUGCCUGACCCGAUCCCGGCUCCUAUAUAUGCGCGACCGCAGCCCGCAGUGGAGAGAAAGAUCAAGCGAAAGCCCGUGCCCAUCUACGACGCGGAGAACGAUGUGAUCAUAUAUCCGCAAUCGCGUUCCUCCCCGGCCACGACGUCGGCAUUGGCGUCGGCGUCAGCAUCGAGCGAUUCCGUGCAUGUUCAGGACGGCGCGGAAGGGCGCAGCUCGGUAGAUGGCCUCGCUGAACCGACGGUGCCUAGGAGCCCGAGCCCGAGCGCGAUACGCGCUGCCCUCGCGUGGGCAGGCUCUCCGGAGGCGGACGGGGUUCUGGCCGAUGCGAAGGAGGAUGCAGAGACGCUGGUCCACGACGACGAUGCCGGUAAUGUGCCAAUGGUCGACCCCGUCGCAACCAGCAGCCCAUCGGACUCAGGCAUCUCGUUUCUGCCUGACCUCACGGAUGCAGCCGACGAGGUCGACGAAGAACCCAGCGCUGGCGCUGGUCGUGGGGCGGACGUGAAGCGAAUCAGCAUCUUGGAGCGGAUCCUGACGGAGAUGCGGGAGACGGUCGGCGCGGACGCCGAGAGCUGCUUCGAGGUCGACUCGGCGGUCGACUACGCAGCGGUUGCGGAACGGCUUCGCGAGCGCGCGCGUGCGAUGGAGGGUGUAGACGACGACGAUGACGACUUUGGCGAUAUCAUUGUGGACGAGAACCCUAUCUCGAAGAUCAUGGUGCAUCAGGAGACGAUUGUGAAGAUAGAUUGAGCAUAAAAGUCUCAACGACGUAUAUACCCCUACGUAAUGAUUACCAUACGCCAUACAUGCGCUUGGACGCUUUCCAC